AGAAGCCAAAAAUAGGUGGAGAUAACCAAAAGAUGUCACAGACAUCACUGCGUGAUCCGGAGCAUGCGCAGUAUGGGUAAUGGCGGUGGACAGAGGCUUGUUUGUCGGAUCCACAGGAGGGUAUUAUAAGGGGAGGAUUUGCAGUUGGGAAACUGAAACCAAACAUCACAUCAGGAUCUGACAGAUUUGCCCAGCUUAUUGUCACCCAAGUAUCAUCGGAAGUUGAACAUGGAAGGAAAAAGCACUGUUCACAGUGGGGAGAAACCGUACAUAUGCUCUGUGUGUGGACGAGGCUUCAACCAAUCAUCUAAUCUGUUGAAACAUAAAUGCAGUCGCAACAGGGAGAAACCAUGGAAAUGUGGGGACUGUGGGAAGGGAUUUAAUUACCCAUCAGAGCUGGAAAAUCAUCAACGAAUUCACACUGGGGAGAGGCCGUUCACCUGCCCUGAGUGUAGGAAGGGAUUCACUUGUUCGUCCAGCCUGCUGAAACAUCGGCGAGUUCACACUGGGGAGAGGCCGUUUACCUGCUCUGAGUGUGGGAAGAGAUUUGCUCGCUCAUCCACCCUGCUGACACACCAGCGAGUUCACAUUGACGAGAGACCUUUCAAAUGCCCGGACUGCGGGAAGUGCUUUAAAAGUCCCCGGGAACUGACUGCCCAUCAACGUGUUCACACUGACGAGAGGCCAUUCAGGUGCUCGCACUGUGGGACUGGGUUCAAGACAUUAUUUAACCUCACUGUACACCAGCGAAUUCACACUGGGGAGAGCCCAUUCACCUGCACCAAGUGUGGGAAGGGAUUUGCUAACACAUCCACCCUGCUGAAUCACCAGAGUGUUCACACUGAUGAGAGACCUUUCAAAUGUCCAGACUGUGGGAAGUGCUUUAAAAGUUCCGGGGACCUGAUGAUCCAUCAACGUGUUCACACCGAUGAGAGACCAUUCAGGUGCUCUCACUGCUGGACUGGGUUCAGACAAUCAUCUCAACUCAUUGUACACCAGCGAAUUCACACUGGAGAGAGACCAUUCACCUGCUCAGAGUGUGGGAUGGGAUUCACAACCACAUCCUCCCUGCUGAGACACCGGAGAGUUCACACUGGGGAGAGGCCAUUCACCUGUCCCGAGUGUGGGAAGGGAUUCACAACCACAUCCUCCCUGCUGAGACACCGGCGAAUUCACACUGGGGAGAGGCCAUUCAGCUGCCCCGAGUGUGGGAGGGGAUUCACAACCACAUCCUCCCUGCUGAGACACCGGCGAGUUCACACUGGGGAGAGACCAUUCACCUGCCCCGAGUGUGGGAGGGGAUUCAUAACCUCAUCCAAACUGCUGAAACAUCAGCGAGUUCACAAGUGAUUGGCUUUUUCUGUUAGUCACAUCCAGGACUGAACUGUGUCCAUUUGGUCUGUUUCUGCUGAUGUUAAUAAACUCCAGCACAACUGUAGGGGUUAA